UAUACGUUAUAUGUGUUAUUUUGAAAUUGUUGGCGUCAUCUCUCAUUUGUUGCACAUUUACAAAAAUGGGAUGCGAGUGUACUCUUGAGUGUAAAAUACAAUUCUUUUGCAUUUGGAUAAUAGUAACUGGAUUUGCAGCGGCAAUAGUACUUGGUUUGACCAUACCAUAUGCUAAGCAAGAGAAGGACUCUGAAAUCUUGUGGGCGUGCGUUUUAUUCGUUGUACUCGCCGCUAUUGAGGUGGUGGGUGGGUUUCUUAUGCUCGCUGCAUUUCUUAAAAAUAUAGCCUGGAUGUUUAUGACUGGCCUUGUACUAAGUUCAUUUUAUCCAUACGCUGCAUUUGGAUUCGUGGUUCCCAUUGUUAUCCACAUCAUUUUUACAAUUUAUUCGUGCCAAUAUUAUAAGACAAUGAAAUAAUAAGGCGCUAAAUGAAAAUUUAACGUGACUGCCAUCCCUUCCGUCGCAAUGGACCCCGAUGGGAUUUAAUAGUUAUAAUUAAACGGAAUUAACCAGAAACGUAUUCAUAAAAUAUAAUAAUAAAAUUGUUUAGUAUAAGUGAUGUAAGGAACAUAAAUAAAUGUUGGAUUUUAGUGAUCAGUUGUAAUAUAUAAAAGAAGAGCAGAUCGAACAGACUUUGUCCGUCUGAUUUUCCGUAGGCUUGAACGCGUUGAUUCGG